UUGUGACUUGUAAUAAUAAUAAAUAAUAAUAAUCUUAACCACUGACGGUGGAUAGAUAGCGAGCCAGAACCACCAACAACACCAUGGGUAUCUGGAACGACCUCAGAUCGGUCGCCGCCCGGUUUAUCAACCGGAACUCCUCCGAUUCACGAAAACCGCCUGUCGAGUUGCCGGAUCCGGUUCGCAGAGAGACGAUAAGCCGUGUUCUAACCGGUUUUGGCAAGUUUGCUGUUGAUUCUGCUGUUUAUGAUCCUCUCAAAGGGUUGAAGGAUCAAUCUUCUCUAGAACCUGCAAAUCUGCAUGAUAUUCGUCGACAUACAUUAAUGAUGGAAGAGAUGCAAGCUCGAAUGGAGAAAAUGCAGGAAGAUUUGCAUAUUAUAAGACUUGACGAUGAAGAUUCGAUCUUAUGUGCCAAUGAUUUGGAUCCUUGUAAGGAGGAUCCAGAUGAAUCCAAUGAAAAUUCCGCUGCUGCAAAAACUGAUCCCAAAAAGAUCUUCAUUCGAUCGCGCUUAUGAAGUGAGCUUGAUAUGGGGUUGUAAAAUACAUAUGAUGUUACAGGUAUAAGGUAUUAGAUUGUAAAAUACUUGUGCCUUUCGCAGUUUUGUUGUUUUAAGUUGCAUCUGGUGUGGAAUAAACGCUAAUACUUUCUAUCUGUAUGUUAAUAUGUGGUAUCUCAAUUUUCGUUUCACUA